CCCCUCCACAAUGGGGAGAUUCCCCCGCAGUAGUUGUUUGUGUCUCUGCCCCUCCCACAAUGGGGAGAUUCCCCGCAGUAGUUUGUGUCUCUGCCCCUCCCACAAUGGGGAGAUUCCCCGCAGUAGUUUGUGUCUCUGCCCCUCCCACAAUGGGAGAUUUCCAGCGGUUAGUUGGUGUCUCUGCCCCUCCCACAAUGGAGAGAUUUCCAGCGGUAGUUGGUGUCUCUGCCCCUCCCACAAUGGGGAGAUUUCCCCGCGGUAGUUGUUGGUGUCUCUGCCCCUCCCACAAUGGGGAGAUUUCCCUGCAGUAGUGUGUGUCUCUGCCCCUCCCACAAUGGGGAGAUUUUCCCGCAGUAGUUUGUGUCUCUGCCCCUCCCACAAUGGGGAGAUUUUCUGCAGUAUUUUGUGUCUCUGCCCCUCCCACAAUGGGGAGAUUUCCCUCAGUAGUUGGUGUCUCUGCCCCUCCCACAAUGGGGAGAUUUCCCUGCAGUAGUUUGUGUCUCUGCCCCUC